GUGAAAGCAAUCAUCUCACCCUUCUCCGUCACUGCACCCACUGCCUCGUUUUCCAACGUCUUUCUCUCACUGCAGAGUAAUAGCAGCAGAGUAUUCCUAAAGUACUAGCACACCCCAUCAUACGCAACCCCGCAGACGCCGCUACACCUUCUCCAUUUCUAGCAUUUAAGUUGGAACCUCCUACCGUUCACCGCUGAUGUCAGAACACGAGCAGUACCUUGCAGUCCUCAAGGCCUCUUAUGACUACGAGCCCCAGUCGGAGGACGAGCUUGCGAUCACUGAGAACCAAAUCGUCCUUCUCCUUGAACGUACUGAUGAUGAUUGGUGGAAAGUGAAGAUAAAAGGCGAAUCGCAGGAGGAAGAUAGUCCAUUUGGCCUCGUCCCUGCUGCCUAUGUCGAGCAGGCUGAACACACGUCUCUUGUCAGAGCUAUCUAUGACUAUGAUUCCGCUGCACCCGGAGAGCUAUCUAUCAAGGAGGACGAGGUUCUAAUGGUCUUUGACCGUGAAGAAGAUUGGAUACUCGUUCAAAGCAAGGAGGGCGGUAAGGCUGGCUUUGUACCAGGGAACUAUGUUGAAGAGACUACUGGCGUGGAAAGCACCCCAGCGCCGGCUUUUGUAGCACCUCGAAUUAUCAUUCCGCCAUCGCCUGAACCUCCAGCUCGUCCCUUGAGCGUGUACGUGGACCCUGCCGACAGAGUUGCCCAGUCGAAAGCCCAAGCCCGCGUGAGCGACGAGAUCAAGACCUGGUCCGUGUCUGAAGUGGACAAGAAAGGCAAGAAGAAGAAGGGUACUCUCGGCAUUGGCAAUGGCUCCCUCUUCUUUGCAAGCGAAUCAGAUAAGACUCCAGUGCAGAAAUGGCAAAUAUCUGACGUUGGGGACAUAUCCGUGGAGAAGAAUAAGCACGUGCAUAUUGACAUGGGCGGGCCCAAUGCAACAAAGUUGCACUUCAAUGUUGGAAGCAGAGACACGGCUGAUGCUGUUGUCGAGAAGCUGGAGACCUCUCUUACACUUGCGUCCGCCGAGCAAAGUGCCGCCAUCUCUCCGCCACCGCGCUCGGAGGUAAGCAGCCCGGUGAAGAAGAACGGCGUUUCUGUGCGCUUUACAGAGGAAUCUCCUGCAAUUAUACCACCACGCGAACCCUCAGGAGAGGAAGAGGAAGAGACAGAGGAAGAUGUACAGGGUACUGAUGAUGGCGAGGCUGCCGUCGCAUUAUAUGACUUCGAGGGCACGGGCUCAGAUGAAUUGACCGUGCAAGAGGGUGAGCGGCUCUGGAUCAUCGAGAAAGAGGGCGAAGAGUGGUGGAAGUGCAGAAAUGAACAUGGAAUUGAGGGAGUUGUACCUGCGUCGUAUCUCGAGACCACUGGCGGAGCAUCUGUCACUGCCGAGCCAGAAGACGACGGUACUGCCAAGCGUGAAGAGCAAGAGCGUCUCGAGGCAGAAAGGAAAGAGGAGGAACGAAGGGAACGCGAGCACACGGAAAAGGAGCGAAAGAAGAAGGAGCAGGAACAGCGCGCAAAGGCUGCCGCAGCAGCCGCAGAGGCUGAUAGGAAGCGGCGCGAGAAGGAGGAAGCCGCCGCCGCUGCAGAAGCAGAGCGCAGGAAGCGUCAAGAGGCCGCAAAGCGUGCUCAACAGAAGGCAGAAAGGGGACAAAGCUCGUCGCCUCAUCCUCCGAUUUCGCAAACGAAACCCAGAGAGUCAACGUCUAGCGCAGGACGCAGCUCAAGUGAUACUCACAAGAAUGUGCCUUCCGCGGAGUCUACACGUAUAUGGCACGACCGCAGUGGGCAGUUCCGUGUAGAAGCUGCCUUUCUUGGGUACUCCAACGGCAAGCUACGUCUGCACAAAGUCAACGGUGUUGUCAUUGAGGUCCCCUCGGAGAAAAUGUCCCUCGAGGACAUACGCUAUGUUGAGCGACUUAAUGCCAAGAAUGACAACUCUCCUGCAGCGCCACGCCGUCACUCCGAUGAUGACGACCAGCCACUUGCGCUCAAGCAGAAGGAAGUGGUACGGCGGGCGACGAUGUCAGCGCAACCAAAGAAGCCGCAGACGGACUGGUUCGAGUUCUUCCUGAAUGCAGGCUGCGACAUUGAUGAUUGCACGCGAUACGCAGCCUCCUUCGAACGUGACAAGAUUGACGAGGCAAUCCUCCCAGACACUACUGAGUCCACAAUGCGUUCACUGGGCCUGCGCGAGGGCGAUAUUAUUCGCGUUACGAAGCAUAUUCAGCAGAAGUUUGUGAAACCCAAGAAGGACACGUCACAAGAGCAGCUCAUUCGCGACGAAGAACUGGCACGGCAGCUACAGGAAGAGGAGAAUGGCACGAGGAGUAAAGGUUCAUCAAGUCCUGCGCCCAACCUCUUUGCUGGUCCGGGAGGCGUUCUCAAGAAUAAUACCCAACGUCGCGGGAGACCGCAGCCUAGCAAGUCUUUGCCACCGCCGUCCGUCGACCUCAACGCCAUUACCACUGCCUCUGACCAGAUUAAACGAACUGGUUCGCCUCUCGUCAUGAGCCCUGCCACUUUCACGCCUGUACAGCCACCUCAGAGGUCAAGCUCAACGGUGCCCGUUACUAGUGGCUUUGAAGAUGAUGCUUGGACGAACAGGCCGGGGUCUAAACCUUCGGUUGCUAAUUAUCGUGCACCAUCGGCACCACCAGCUGCUGCUACUGCACCUGCAGUUGCGCCUGUCUCGGGUGCGCCUGCUGCACCGACACCACCCCCUGCACCACUAGUGGCGCCAACGCAGGUUGCAGCAACUGGCAAUGGCCUCGCAAAGACUGAUGCUGACAUCUUCGACCAACUUGCACGCCUGAGUCAGCUGAAAACAAGCCGCCCUUCUCCAUCCCCAGCGCCUGCCUCGGCUCCCGUUGCGCCAAGUCCACCAGCAGUGUCCCCACAGCCACCUGUCUCAUACAACGGUGGCCUUGGAAUGGGUUCUUCUCCUGCACCCAUCGGGCAACACCUGCAGAUCCAGCAGACAGGUGCACAGGGCCCUCGCGGACCAUUCGCUCCUGUUCCGGCCAAUCAAAGUCUGUUGCAACCCCUUGUACCCACUACCACAGGGUUCAAUAACUUUGUACCAACGCGCCCGUUCAACGCAUCGCCUUUCCAGGGCCAAGCACCACCUCCAUUCCUGUCAGCGCAACCAACGGGCUUCCCCGGCACACCACAAACACUCUUAUCACAGCCCACAGGAUUACCAACAUCGGGACCACUGCUCUCGCAACCAACUGGUAUGUUCGGGGGGUCGUUUGGCACAUAUGGCGCUCGCCCGCCAUUCCAGAAUACCACAAUGCAACAAGUGCAACCGAACCCAACAGGAGUGUUUGCCCAGUCUCCAUUCAACAAUGUGGUUUCUUUCCCAUCACCCGUUCCUUCCUUAUACUCUCAGCCGCCACCGCCCGUUCCUUCCAUAUACUCUCAACCAAACACUAGUUCUAAUACAACACCAGCAAACAUAUUUGCUCAGAUGAAAUCGGGAACGUUUGCCAGUGGAAAUGAGCAUUCUGGACCCCAGCAAGCAGAAACAUAUAAUGCUCUGCGCGUAAAUCGAUUUGUUCCACAAACGACUGGGUGGGGAUUUCAACCUAACAACGGAUUUCAACCGAGUGGAUAUACAGGAUACUAGACUUAGUUUUAGCUCUUUCUCUCUUUGACCAGAUUACAGUCCAUUGGAUGAAAAUAAUUGAACCUGGGCAUAACCAAUAUUGUAUGAGCGAUCAAAUCUGCGAACAAUGUGCUAUGAUGCCUCUACUACUACUAUGCCUUGGGUCCGUCCAACUCUCUCGAAGUACAUCUUCAAUCCCAACCUGAUUUCCGGUGCAACAUCACGAGCAAGCAACCCGGUUGCCAACGGGUAAAUUGCUGGAAGAUAUCUAACGAACUGCAUAUCUCGGUCAGCAG